CUCAUGUUCUUGAUGAACUUAUCUCAGAGAGAUAUGGAACGACCAAGUCAAUCCACUUCAAACAAAGUAGAAAGACGCAUCAUUGAGAAAAAUAGGAGAAAUCAGAUGAAACUCCUCUACUCCAAGCUCAAUUCCCUCCUCCCUAAUCACAACUCCAAGGAGCCAGUAUCAGUACCUGAUCAAAUAGAUCAGGCAAUAAACUACAUCAAAAGUCUAGAGACAAAGCUGAAGAAAUCUAAGGAGAUGAAACAGAGAUUAACAGGCAGAAAAAGACCAUAUACAUGCACAAAUUUUGAAGAAACGGCGAGCGUAAAAUCGCCGAAAAUCGAAAUCCAUGAAAUGGGUUCCACCACGGAGAUCGUUUUGGUAACUGGGCUAGAGAACCAGUUCAUCUUCUACGAAAUUAUUCACAUUCUUCAUGAAGAACAAGCGGACGUGCUGACUGCCAGCUUUUCGAUUGCUGGGGACUCGAUUCUCCACGUAGUGCACGCAGAGAUUCUGGGAUCUUCAUUCGACUUUGGAACUGCAAAAGUGACUGAGAGGCUAAAAAGACUAGUUUACGGAUCCACCAGUGAUGUAGAUCAACUGGAGCCAGCCCUGUGGGACUACAAUAUCCAUUCUGAACCGUGGGAUUUCUGAAGAUAGAUAUUAAAUCUAUAAUGUAAUGUGAAUGCAUGGUUGAAAUUAAUUAAUUCCCAGGGUAGCCAGAUAAAAGUUCAAGCCUGUAAAUUUCCCGUAAAUGGUAGCCAUGCAUGUAUUCCUC